AUGAUUAACAAUGAGAAUAACUCAUAACAUCUGAAAAGUAAACCUCUUUUUUCAGUCAUGAAACUUAUUAAUAACAAUACUUUUCGUGGAUAAUUUAGCGAACCCAAUUAACUUAGCUCAAGCAUUCUAUAAUAAACAAAUCCAUAAUUGUCUUUUCCUAGAGCAGAAAGAUUCUAAUCUCAUCAUACUCCUUAACUUCCAAAUCCAAAAUAUCUCUGUUUAACAGAUACUAAAACUAAAAGAGCCACAUCUUUUGGAUUUGGAAACAAAUAGCUCAGACCAUUAGACCUUGACAAAAGAGAUUAAUUAAAUCCAGCUCCUGGAACAUAUGAUAUAAAAUAGACCUCUUGUAGAUCCUGCAGCUUUGGAAUGAAGUUAUAAUCAAUAAGAGGUUUUGAUGUUCCAGGACCUGGAUCAUAUGAUUUAAAAUUGCUUAAUAAAACAAAAGUCUUUAGUAUAUAUGGCAAAAUUAAGUAUGAAUUAUUAUUUAACUAAUAAGUUCUGAUAUAAAAUUACCAAAAACAGCUUCACCUACAACUUAUCUUCCUACCGAUAAAAUUAUAUAAAACAAUAGAUUCAAAUAAAUUACUUUUGGAAUUGGAGAUAGACCUUUACCAGGAUUGAAAAAUGAUUCACCUGGUCCAGGUACAUAUGCUCUUAAAUCUAUUUUUGAAAUCAAAUCAAAAAAAAAAACUUAAUAAUGA